AUGUAAACCCCCAACGGCUCCUUGACUCGAUCCCCCUCCCUAGCCAUGAACUCCCUCUCCUUCCCUGAGUCGCAUUUCAAAGAGCCUUUUUUCUUGUUACUCGGGAUACCCGGGAUUGAUUACCUCAUUGGCUAGCCGCAUAUACGCUUUGCACGACUCUGCAUUGUCUGAGCAUCGUCGCUUUAUACACUUCCCUAGAAACCUUCCUUGUCACUGUCGCAAAUUAUAGCUGUCCACUUCUGUUGUCCCAUGAGGCGUUUACAUCUUUGUCGUGACCAUCAUGCCAUCCUCUUCCUACUCUACCCUACUAUGCACCACACUGUCGCCAGCGCAAUUCUAAGCUGACAUGCGUGUCUUCCCAAUAGUAAAUAAGGCUAGAAAGCCGAAAUUCGAAUUACAUCUCUGGAUAUACGACUUGAACAAUGUGCCAUUAGUCGCCGGCAAAUCCUACGUAAAAUGGCAUCUACCCAACAGUAUACACGGCGAACACCGUGGCCGUACGGCAAAGUGCUCCGUCGACAAGAUCCAUCAUCGCGCCACAUAUAAUUACUCGAAGACGGUACCCUUGCGAAUCUCUAUCGAUCGCGCGAACAACCUGACCGAGUGCCCCAUUGAGUUUGAGAUUUUGCAAGAGUUUGCGACCGGACUCGCCGGACGGGACGAAAGGAUAUCACUGGGCAACAUACGAUUAAACCUGAGCGAAUAUGUCGAGGAAAGCGAAAAUCAUACUCGCCGGAGCACGGCGUCUCGAAUUGCAGGGGGUCUAGACCAUGCGCGAGACAAGAUCAGCCAGCACGUACCACAGAGGAAGCUAAGCGUGGGUAGAUCAGCUAGCGAGGGCGAACGACCAGGCGUAUCUUUGUCGACAAGCGCAUCCGCGCAACACCCGGAAGAAAAUGACGUCGUAGACGAAGAAGCCGAGGAGGGCAUUGUACGACGAUACCUGAUGCAGGAUAGCAAGAUUAAUAGUACCCUUAAGAUUGGUAUUCUCAUGGUCCAGGCGGAUGGGGAGCGCAAUUAUGUGGCGCCGCCGUUAAAAUCGGCCACCAUGUUCAUGGGUGGUAUCUCAAGCAUCAUUGCGGGCGCCAAUGAGCAAGUUGAUGGGGAAGAAAGCAGCGACCCCGGCGGCGCCUUACCGAGCAUGAUUAAGUCUCGUGAAGCUGCCGAGGCCCAAGACAUAUACCGUCGUGCGCUUGCCGCAAGCUGGGAUUCCCAACCCGGUGAAUUACACGCCGACGAGUGCAUAGAGGAUAUCUUUGCCGGUGGCAGUGGUUGGCGUGAUGGCACGGGCGGCAAGUCGGCGAGGUCACACGCGGAAUCGCCAAACCCCGGGAGGACAAGCAGCAGCAGCAGUAGCCGAACGCCAAGCACGAGUAGCGACGAUCCACACGGCGGCACGCUUCGUCCAACUGAUAUCCGGCGCAUUCAGCACAUGCGCGACAACAGUAACGUGAGCGACAAAUCCAACGCUACUAUCACAGGCCUCAGCAACAACGAUUACGGCGUACAGUCUUCGAACCUACCGCCAUCAAGACCUAGCCCACAAUCGCAUCAUACGCAGCGGUUCAGCAGACAUGGUGGGCGCAGCUCACCAUACACAACCCACAGAGAAGACAGCGGCGCGUCCCUCUUCGACGAGAGCCCGUCCCCCGGUCUCCACAGUCGCAACGAGAGCAUGACAAGUCUCGUCCCGACGCUCGGCAGCACGGGAAGUGGUAGCGAGCGGGGCGGCGGGCACAAAUCAAAUGGGUUCCGCCGCCCGAGGGAAAUCGACGAAUACGAGCUGCGAGACGAUCUCGUCGCGUGGAGUAUAUCAGAGACGACGGCAUAAUUUACAUUCGCAAUUGCAUACCAGGAAACAGCAUACGGGUGUUACGGCGUUACGUUUUAUGGGGGAAAGGGGUCACGGUACCUAAGCUAGAUAUCAUAUGGCUCAAGCAAAGCAUACAUACAGGGGGCUGGUGUUCAUGGCGAUAUAUAAUGCUGAUUUUUUUUUUCUUUUUCUAUUUAUGUAUGAAGUGUAUAACAAGCGAAGGAGAAAUACAUCAAAAGUGCGGAGAAUAUCUUCGGAUUUUAUAAUUAUAAGUCACAUCCAACUAACUACAUACUCGUGCAUUAUUUUUUAUCACAAUCGGCACGAACGUGCGACAUUGUGGUUAUCCCGUAUGUAACACAAUUCCU